AUGCCUGAUGCAUUCAGCAAAACCAUUCCGAUCUGGUGCGCAGUGUUGAAUCGAGCGCUGUUCAACAGCCAAGAGGUAUUUCUACCCCGUAAUAUUUUGUCUUCAAGUGAAUUCCAGCAGAUAAUUGACCGAAUUGACGGGUGGGUAGAUCUUUUGAAGCGGAUCGUGCCCGAUCAAAACUGUUAUAGGGUCUCGAAACCUCUCCGCCCCAUUUGGGUCACUCAAAGCGGCAUGCUACCUUUUGAAACCCCCACAUUUGAGGAAUUUCAUCCUGUUAUACUAUGUACUGCCUCAGAACAGGUUCAAGAUGGCCAGAGUCAAAGGACAGGCUAUAUUUAUGUCCAAGGCGCAGGAGAUGAUCACGAGCUUUGGGCGGGUAAACUCACACCAAAUCUGCUUUGGAAUAAUACAGAAUUACAUGGAGACUUAUCGGCGUUCGAUUUGAUUUCUAAAAUAGAGGCUAUGAGUGGAGAAGGUGAGGUUAUUCCAGACAACCAAGUGAAACUGACUUCUUAUUUAUCUAUUUCUUCAGCACCCAUUGGGGUCAAUGAUCUAGACUUGACGUCAUUACCAACUAAAAAAAAAGGAAUCCGUGAGUUGGCGACAAAACUGGCCAGUAUCGACAAUGAGUUCGCCAACAAAGGGCCUUCUGUCAACGUUGUAACAACUGAGCCUGAGCUUGGGGUCGCUGUUUGUUUAAUGCUCAACUGCCUCUACUUUGAUGAUCAGGGCAAACCUUGCUCACGCAACAAAAAAGCAACUUCUAAAGAAGAUGUAUCAAGACGCCUGGUUCCUUUGGCCGAAAAUGGUAAAGCUCUGCCAAGUAGAGCUUUGGUCAACAUUGUGGGGUCCUACUUGAGGACUUAA